AUGGCAAAAACUAUACCGAGAAUUGGUUCACGUAAGAAUGGACGUAUUGGUUCACGUAAGAAUACACGGAGAAUACCAAAGGGGGUUAUUCAUGUUCAAGCAAGUUUCAAUAAUACUAUUGUGACUGUUACAGAUGUACGGGGUCGAGUGGUUUCUUGGUCCUCCGCCGGUACUUGUGGAUUCAAGGGUACACGAAGGGGUACGCCCUUUGCUGCUCAAACCGCAGCAGGAAACGCUAUUCGUACAGUAGUGGAUCAAGGUAUGCAACGAGCGGAAGUCAUGAUAAAAGGACCGGGUCUCGGAAGAGACGCGGCAUUACGCGCUAUUCGCAGAAGUGGUAUACUAUUAACUUUUGUGCGUGAUGUAACCCCUAUGCCACAUAAUGGCUGUAGACCUCCAAAAAAGCGACGUGUGUAG